AUGUGCCCGCUGAGGGUGAUACUCAUCUUCCUCUCCGCCACCGUCGCCGGAUUCUUCCUCCUCCGGGGCCUCAACGCCGACCCCGACUGUUUCCAAGACGGCGACGACGGCUCGGAAUCUCCCAGGGCCGCCGUUCCCCUCCAUUCCAAGGUUGGUUCAGCUGUGAAAACCGGGUUCUGGACAACGGUAGACAUGGCGAGCGGGCGGUACCUUUGGCGGACCCUUGUUGCGCCACCAGCGAAUUCUGAAUCCGACAAGGCCUGGUGA